AUGGCUCAAUUAGAGGAUACGAUGACCGCACGGCUUCGAUGCAUAGUCAUCAUCAGCCUUCUCCUCCGCAGUCGUCUUUCAAUGGACCCCCGACGAUUAAAUAUCGGCCACGAGAAGAAGAGUCUCCGUCAAGCUACACAAAUUCUCAACCCGCAUCACCCAAUCUUUUUACUGGGUUAGAUUAUGAUCAGGUAAACAGGCGCAUGCCUCAACUUCGUAAAGCUGUUUUUUAAACUCAUUCUUCUUUACUUUUUCCUUUCUUGUCCUUGUCAACAGCUCAUGAAGCAAAUAAAAUUCGUCGAAUCACCGUUACGCGAAACUCUGUCAACAUUCCGGUCGCCCCAUCGAAACACUUUGGAACAAAUGAUGCAAGCUGCCACGUAUGCCGCUCAAGUGCUUAACUCUGCUGCUGGCAUUAUUACUCCUACUGCCACCACCACCAUCUCGCCUCCACCAUCGGUCACCUACCAUCAGAGUCAUACGAUGCCGCCCUCUCAAGGAUAUGGUAUUAACCGCCUCUCGUCGCCCACAUCGAGAAAUCGUAUAGAAAACAACACUCAAAGCCCGCACACCCACACGUUUGCCAACGAAAACUCACCGCCGCUUUCGGCUUCUACGCCAGGAUCACUGAAGCGGAGGCACACAAACGACUAUCCGGAAAACUCACAACAGUCACCUCCACUCGGCGGGUCGAACUUGGGAUUGUCUACGGUUCCACAGGCUUUGAACCAACAACAUCCAGUGCCAUCAUCUUCACUGGCACAACCGCCGUCGGGACAGCAGCAGCAUUCGUUCUCGCCCUCGCAACCACUCUCUCAGCCGCCAUCGCAACCGCAACCUGGUGUUGUAGGUGGGAUGACCUCUUCUAACCCACCCCCGGCACAACAGGAUGGACAAACCUGUUUAGGCUGUGGUGCUACGUCAACUCCCGAGUGGAGGCGGGGACCUAUGGGUAAGUUCAAAGCCUUUCCGGUUCCUCUCGCUUCACCCUUAGGGUUUUGGAUUGUGAUUCGUUCUCUUUCGUUCUAUGUCUUGAGGUACUCGCUUCUCGAAUCUUUGACAUUCUAUGUCACAGUGAAUUCUCCCUUCGAGAUCACUAGCGCUGUCACAAACCGUGCAAGCUGUCUACUGUUCGAACAGCCUUUCGUAUCUGUCACUCAUCGUCUUUAUUGUCACUCAUAGGUCCACGAACACUGUGUAAUGCAUGUGGGUUAGUCUAUGCAAAACUGAUCAAAAAACGGGAUCGAGAACGUGCGCGAGGAAACGGGAGUAGCAAGACUAAUGGAAACAGUCGCCCUGCGAGUGCUGCUGGUGAAGGACACCGCAGUGGUAGCGGUGGUGGUGAUUCUGGGUCGGGAGAGAGCGAUGAGGAUGAGCCAGAGGAUGAUUAUGGCUCUGGAACGUCUGGCCAACGCAGUGAAUUUGGGUGAUUUAUC